CCGGGUAUUAGUCACGAUGUGGGAGCUAAAGGCUCAAAUUUGCGACAUGGUGCCAGCGUACCAGGAAACUGCAGCUGAAGCACUAACCCGCCAGGCGAACAGCAAGGCAUACCGCGACGGAGUGGCUGAUCUCCAAGAAAUGAUCAAAGUCACAUACCAGCAAGCUUACAACCUUGCAAGCGAAAAAGCUAACACCGCCCGGGGCGCCGAGCAGAUCCUCAACCAGAGAAGGCGCGAUCUUUUCGCUAGAAAGCUCGUUGAAAUCCCAACACCGGAGAUCCAGAGCGGAGCAUUGCAAAGCGUUGCUCAAAUCGAGGCAGCAAUGCCGGUACCUCUAUUCUUCCGAGACGUCGAAACGAGGCGAGAUUUCUGGCGAAGCAAGUGGAGCAAGGAUGUCCUGGUGUCACAGUAUGCGCCCAGGGCCGCGGUCGACGUCCGCCGCCUGGCUGAGGAUGGAAACCCAGCUCAAGGUCAACGAGAGUACAACACGAUGACCGGGAACAGGUUCGCCGUCGGUGCCGACUACCUCCACACUCUUUUCUUCGCAUACCGGAACUUCCAUGCCCAACUUCAACCCAAUAUCAUGGAUGUGCAGAUCCGCGCCACCGCCGCUCAAGUCAACAUGAAUCGUCGAGACGAUGUGUACAACCUCAUCCGAGACAUGCACAGUGCCUUGGGAUUCGAGAGCGAUGACUCGUACGGGCCAUGGGUAGAUGCCCCAGUGCGUGUGGUCCAGGGCUUUGAGGUAUUGUCUCUAAAUCACCAGGGGCUCCCGUGAUUCAAAAGAGGAGUUCCAAAGCACCUAUGUCCUA